GCACACCAGCGUUUGCUACCAUCCUCGGAGGAGUGGCUGCUGCCGUCGUGGCCCUCAUGAUCCAACUGGAGGUCCUGGUCGAGAUGAUGAGCAUUGGUACCCUGCUGGCCUACACCCUGGUGUCUGCUUGCGUGCUGAUCCUGCGCUACCAGCCCACGUCUACCAACCUGAUCGAGCUGCUGCCCCAAAGCCUGAGGACCCCCGUAGAGCCUGAAGGAACUGCGUCUGGCCAACGCGAAACCAGCUUUGCGAGCACAAGCCAAGGCAUGACGAGCCAACACGUGAUGGUUCGCCGAGUGACUCGCAGCAGUUCCCCUGAUUCGGACGACUCUAUGGAUUCCCACGCCGAAGACGAGAGCGACGGACGCGACGACACAUUCCUGGUGAAUUCCAACAACGAGAACAAAUUCUAUGGCGCUGUGCCCGGAGGCACUUCUGGCAACACCACCCGCUGCGGCCGAUUCUUCGGCGCCAUCUACCGGCAGCUCUACGCGAUGUCCUACCUCUGCCCUGGGUUCUUCCCCUGGGUUGACAACGGUCCUGCUACGAGUCAGUCAGGAAUGUUCGUGCUGAAGUCGUUCGCGACUAUGUUCGUGAUGAUCAUGCUGUUCGACGUGCUCGCCGCAUACUGCAGCCCCGGAUCCUCCACCUUCGUCACCGUGCUGAUGGUCAUCCUGCUGAUCGGCAUCAUCAUGCUCCUGCUGAUGAUUUCUAGGAAACCUCAAAACCGAGUGGGGCUGAUCUACGCGGCGCCCGGGCUGCCAUUCGUGCCGGCCACGGCGAUCCUGGUGAACAUCUACCUGAUACUCAACCUGUCCAUGCUGACCCUGGCUCGCUUCACCGUCUGGAUGGCUCUAGGAAUGGUCAUGUACUUCAAAUACGGCAUCAAAAACUCGACCCUAGAGACGAACCCUCCAGUUGUGACAGCCCCGACCCCCCCACCCCCUAACCCCCUGGACCGCGUGACCAUCCCUCCCCCCUCCCCCAACCCGCGCCCCACCGGUGACCGAAACAUCUUUGAAGGCGACGGGAACAACGGUUACUUCGGCGGCCACGACCAGUAUUCGGACCCUUUACUCGCUUGGCAUGACACCGACCUUCGGGCUGUGCCCACCACUAGCCGUGGCGUAGCUUCUGCCAGUACAUACAGACAAGUGGAAACACGUUACGACGUUAGGACGAAUAGCACUUCGUCGCACACCGCGCCCCUUGCUGCGGCCCACAUUGCGCCUCAUGUGGCGCCCCCUCGCCCGGCGCAUCGCCCGAGUUGGGCAUUCCCGGAGAACCCGUGGGACGACUAAAUAUUUAUCAACUGUAUCUCACUUUCAACGCCUCGGUACCUUUUUUAAAUUUAAAUUAUUUGUGUUACAUUGAUUGAUUGUGUUGGCUGAACUGUUUUUUGUUUUUAAAGAUUUAUCGACACACAGAUAAGUGUCGCUUAGGUGCUUGUCGAUGAAUUCGCGCAUUAAUUUUAUGUGACCUAUAUGUUUUAUUCUAAUAUACUAGAAUUUAUUUUAAGUUCGUGCUGAAUGUUAGCGCUCUAUGUUGUGUUAUUGUGCAACAGGUUUUGAAAGACAAACGACAGGCUAUCGACCCGGCUGCUCUGGCGAUCGGUUUUGUGUUCAGUGUUAAGAGUAUACCUACUUGAGUUGUUUCAGUUUUUCCUUUUUAUACAUUUGGCCUUGAUUCGAUGUUAGGAAAACCACCAAACCAGGAUUUUCUUUUGAGUUAAGUAAAUUAUUUUGCUUUAAAUUUGACAGAAGACUUGCUAUGUGAUAUGUUUUUAAAACAAGCCCACCCCUACCUAAACUUACCAAACCCAAUCACUUAUUCUUACCUUCCCAGCUACAUAUCCUAAACCCCAAGUAAGCAUUUGUAAAUAUGCCAUAUUCAUAGUGUAGGUUCCCUGGCACAUCAAUUUCAUCUCACGUAUGUGUUACCCCAUUUUCCUCCCCAAAAACAGAAUAUGCUUAAUAAAUUGUUUGUAAAUAACGAUCAAUAUAAUAAGUAGUUCCCUUGGCUCACUAUUUAAUCUCACCUAUUGCACGCACUUCUCCCAUCCCCAAAAACAAAAUUAUAUGUCCAAUGAGUUGUUUAAAAAUGUAAAUAAUUAUUUAUUAGGUACCUGUAGUUCCCUUGCCACAACCCAUACUAUAAUCUCACUUGAUGUACCCUACCCCCAACCCCCAGAAACUAAAUAUUAUGUUAAAUAAGUUGUUUAAAAUUGUAAAUAGGUAGCUAUUUUUAAAUAAUAUGUGGCUGCCCUGGCACAUCGAUAUGAUAUCCCACCACACCUCUAUCCCCAAAAAUAAAAUAUCAUGUUUUCUUAGUUACUUAAAAUUGUAAAUGAUUGUUAUUCACUUAUGUAGCUCCCUUGGCACGGUCCUUUGAAUGUCACCUACUCCUCUCAAACCCAAAUCCCUAAAACAUAAAACUAAAUUAUUUUAAGCCCCAAAAGAACCCAAUCCAAAUUACACAUUCACCCGCUAAAUAAGUUUAAUAAGUUGAUAACCCAAUUUAUUUAAUAUCACAUACAAUCUUCAUCCCCAAAA